AUGCAAUCCAACCAAGCUCCAGGAAAUGCCCAAGCAACCGCUGACCAAACACUGGCAGCGAUGCACUGGGACAUAAACGCCUUUGCCCAAUUCUAUAAAAUCACCCAAGAUAGGCCUACAGCACAGGAAAAAAAGCAAUACAAUCAAAUGUGCGAACCGAUCCAAGAUUUCAUUAACAAAGCAGUUCUAGACAACCUGCUCUUUGCCACAAGAGCCCUAAAAACUAGCAGAUGCAUCUCCUUCAUUCAGAUGGAGGGCUGGAUGAUGUAUACCAUCUGCUCAUUUUCAGAGAGCUUCCGUCGAGCGUUGAUGGAAUAUAACGAUACCAUGUGGUCUGCACUCGAGAAUCUCAUUUCGCAAAAUGCUCGAAGCAUCGAUGUAUUUGCUCGCGCACGAGAAUUACCGUGGAAAGCACCCCUGCAAGCGAAUGAGAAAUGUGGCCUGCCUUAUCUUCUCGCCGCGCUAGGAUCAGAUAUUAAUAUUGCAACUGAGCAUCCGCACCAUACAGUCCAAACGGCAUCCGGUAGUCUUCGCAGACCCGAGAACGCAGGUUGUGCUCAGAUUAACAUCAGUUCGAACAUAUUACACCCCUCGUGUCCGAAACCAGACCCUUCCAUGCGCCAGCCAGGCUGGCCACCCUGUGAUCUAUGCGGCGCAGUCGAGGGAGGAUGCGGCUGUCGCAUCAACGCCAUGAUCGGUGACUUGGUCGAGUUGGUAGAGUAUGGCAUGAAAGGAAUUGGGGUUCGCGCCCUAUGCAACAUCAAGAAGGGAGAUAUUAUCGGCGAGUUUACAGGUGAGAUCCUACCUUCACAUGCUCCCGACUACUCUAAUUAUGCUCUGAUGGGCGCUUUGGGUCGAGAGGAACUAAGACACAUCUACUACGUUGACCCUGUAUUUUUAGGAAAUUGGACUCGCUAUAUCAAUCAUUCGUGUGAGGCUUCUACUUACUUCAGUCCUGUUGUUGCUGGAGAUCGGGUGGUUAUGGUCGCUAUCGCGGAACGAGAUAUCGGCUUUCAUGAAGAACUCACUAUCGAUUAUGGCCCAGGUUAUUGGAGCGGCAGCCGAGUUUGUUACUGUGGAAGUAAGAAUUGUUAUAGCCCACUAGUACCUACUAGACGACUUUGGAACCCUCCCCAGUAA